GUUUGUUAGGAACGGGGGGAUAUGAUAGGUUGAAGCAGUUAUUAUGGCAUUGUUGUCAUAUUAAUAUUAUGAAUUUAUCAGAUACAGGUGCUUCGACCUUGAUGGAUUAUGAGUACGCCAGCAUAGCACAGCAUAGGAUCAAAAACAUUCAUCAGCUGGACUAUGUGUUUUCGCCCUCAGAAGCAGCAACCAGCAAACGCUUUAAACAGAUGCAAAUAAUAAAUAAAGAACCUAUGAUUCUAUGUCACCGCCCGCCAGGCGCCACUGCGAUUCCUGUCACGCUUAUACAUCCCGUCUUUGGCGAGUUCCUCGACAAUUGCUCGAAGAUUAUACCUACUAAUGCAGACUAUGAUUUAGUUAAUAGCCUGUCAGAAGAAAUGGCUGAUUUGUAUGAGGAAGAAAGCAAACGAAACCAUAGAUUCCUGAGCCUUGUUGAGAAAUAUUAUGGAGUCCAAUUCUCCACUCAGAUUCGUGAUACAAAAUACCAAACCGAUGGUAACUUGCGAGAAGGAGACUUUUAUUACGUUAAUGUAGAAAGCAAAAAUGAGCUGGGUUCAGGCGGUGCUGAGCCAAACAUUCAGUCUGCUUAUUACUAUGUUGAAUUUGUGCGUUCACACUCGAAAAAUUACCCAUGGUCACCAUUACCUUGUCUUCACGUUUGUCUCGCAGGACCUUACAUCGGAUUUUCCGGUUUGAUAAGUUCGAAGAAAGUUCAAAUGGACCCUCUUACGCCUCUUGUACCAUUUGCAUUCCAUCCUCGUGACACUCAAAUGAGAAUGAUG